CGCCUUUCUGUUUUAAGUUUCCGAGCGGCGUGUUCCACUCGUCAGUUCAUGGAGGGGUGUCCGUCUGCGUGACUCGAGUGUUUGGACAUUUGUUCUACCCCUAAAAAAACAGAAAAGGCUUUGGUUCGGUUUGGGUCAGGCUCAUUACUGUAUUCCGUGUUCGGAAUCUGGUUCUCCGACGCUCCACGACCUUUUGCGGACCGGUCCACAGUGAGCUCCGCCCCGGGCCGGUGUUUUGUAACUCCACUAGGGGCUGACGUAACAUACCGGCUUUUGGACCGUGUCUCGUGUCUUCUACGAGCCGAAGCUCCGGUUCCAGCUCUGAAGACAAAAGCUUCUAAGCGGACCCGAACCGUGUGAACCAUGAACCCGGCCCGGCGCUGUUCGGCUCUUCUCGGACAGGUGUGUGCGACCUCGCUGGGGGCUCCGCGCCGCGCGGCGGGGGCUCGGAGCUGCCACUCCGUCGUGGGGGGAAACGGAGCGGGGAGCCAGCCGAUGAAUGGACCAGCCGGAAGCGGCUCGGCAACAGCACUUUCUCUGAUGGGGGGCAGCGGCAGCAGCAGGCUGUUCGGUACGCUGGCUCAGUCCUUGCCUCAACCAGAACCAUAUUUGGAGGAAAACCCAGACCUGGAUCUGGACCCGGACCAGCUACGGAAAGAGUGCGAGGAGGUCCUGCAGCAGCGUCCCGCCCGACCUCACAGGGAUUUGGUCCGUUCCACCUGCAUGGCUCCCUGCAGCCACAAAUACAACCCCCCCAUACGGAUCAUGCAGUGGAACAUUCUCGCUCAAGCUCUUGGGGAGGGAAAAGACGGCUUCAUCCGCUGUCCUCUGGAUGCUCUGAACUGGAACGAGAGGAAGUACCUGAUCCUGGAGGAGAUCCUGACCCACAGACCCGACGUUCUUUGUCUGCAGGAGGUGGACCACUACUACGACACCUUCCAGCCCAUCCUGGCCCGGCUGGGCUACCAGGGCAGCUUCCUGCCCAAACCCUGGUCCCCCUGUCUGGACGUAGAGCGGAACAAUGGCCCCGAUGGCUGUGCUCUGUUCUACCGCCGCUCGCGCUUCAUGCCAAAAGCCACGGCUCACCUGCGGCUGUCGGCCAUGAUGCUGCCCACCAAUCAAGUGGCCAUCGUGCAGACGCUCUGCUGCCGGGUGACGGGCCGCAGGCUGUGUGUGGCCGUCACCCACCUGAAGGCACGCAGCGGCUGGGAGAGACUACGGAGCGCUCAGGGCGCAGACCUGCUGCAGAGCCUGUGCAGCAUUACUUCCCGUGGCCGCAACCGGGCGCCAUCCAGCACCACCCCCUUAGUCGUAUGCGGAGAUUUCAACGCAGAGCCCUCUGAGGACGUCUACAAGCGCUUCAGCUGCUCCCCGCUGGGCCUCACUUCGGCGUACACCCUGCUGAGCUCGGACGGACACGCGGAGCCGCCCUACACCACCUGGAAGAUCCGCCCCUCUGGGGAGAGCCGCAGCACGCUGGACUACAUCUGGUACACGCCCGCCGCUUUGAGCGUGGAGAGCCUGCUGGACAUCCCCAGUGAGGAGCAGAUAGGUCCGGACCGCCUACCCUCCUACCACUACCCCUCUGACCAUCUGUCCCUGCUGUGUGACAUCAGCUUCAGGGAGGAGCCUCACAGGCUGCUGUAGCCAAUCAGAGCAGGAGUGCGAACUUUUAUGAAGUUCUGGACCCAGAACUCUCACUCGGACCUUAUCCUCCUAUGAACCGGACCUUGUAGGACGACCCCGUGUCCAGCCUCCUGCUGGUUCUGAUUCUGGCAGCAGCUGAGCUGGUAGAGUUCAGCUAAACGUCUCCCCACAGUUCCGGUUUUCAGUUGAUGCCUUUGAUUUUUUUUUUUUCAAUAAAGUUUGAUUUUAACAAACUGAUCUGUCUUUUCUGAACAGUUUUGUGCUCUCUGGAUCUUUAUUUAAAGCUACAAGAGGGGCACAGCUGUCAGUUCUGAUACCAGGGCUGGAAUACAGCCCAGCUUAGGAAUA